AUGAACUUAACGAGUAUUUAUCGCCAGCCAACUCUCCAGACACUGACAACCAUGACUGGUGUGGGUACAAGUAAAGACUUUUUUUGUCACCAGUUCGAACAAACACCGAUCACAUUAGAGGGACACACGCCAAAUGCAAAUACAGCUUCAACACUAUUCCCUGAUUUUAUCGACACUAAGCCAAUCUUAAGUAAACCUCAGGCUAAACGAAAACUGGAGUUAGAUGUAAUUACAGAAGAACUUAGGAGUCCAAAAAGGAGUCGUAAAACAAAAACUCUCUCAGAUUGCAGUCCUAAAGUGAGCAGAUCCCCUGGAGAAAAAACCAGAUAUGAUACAUCUCUUGGUUUACUGACAAAGAAAUUUGUUGGCCUAUUGAGGAAUGCCCCUGAUGGUGUUGUAGACUUAAACAAGGCUGCAGUAUCAUUGGAGGUGCAGAAACGAAGAAUUUAUGAUAUCACCAAUGUUUUAGAAGGGAUCAAUCUCAUAUCAAAAAAAUCUAAAAACCAUAUACAAUGGAAAGGUUGUACAUCCUCUAUUGCUGCCAACCCGGUCUCUCAACAUUUAACAUCAAAACUCACAGAUUUACAAUUUGAAAUGGCUGAUUAUGAAUCCAAAGAAAACUUGAUGGAUGAAUUGAUUGAGACUUAUAUGUCAAAGAAUAUCCAAAUUUGGUUAAAAAGCAACAGCCAGGCUAUUGAGGUCUAUUUGUGUCCUGAUGAUAUAAAAAAAGAACCUGAAGAUAAUAUUGCUAAUGAAGCAAGCAGUAGCAGUGCCAGUGAUGAGCAUUUGUCUGAAGAUUCCACAUCCUGUGAUAGCUUUAAAACACAAAUGUCUUUCAAAAAUGCCCUUUUAGAGGAGCAAGAUAUUUCUCCGGAUGCAAACACAAAUCUUCUCCAACAAACAGAAGACCAAAACCUUGAUUCAACUCUAACUCAUCUUGAACCACCUAUCUAUAUGGAAGACUACAUGUUUGAUCUCACAGAAGAAGAUGGCAUCUCUGACCUUUUCCCUUAUGAUCACUUGCAGAUACACACAACUUACUCCACUUAUAUCAUGUGGUUCACGGCCAUUAUCAUAAAAUCUUCAUACUGCAUUGAAACCCGCCCAGACAUCAUUGGGUCCCUUUGUUUAAAGGCACUGGUCAGCAGGCGAAGCAGCACACAAGACUGA